AUGAGUCAGAUUGGAUAUUUGAAAGAUUUAGUUAGGUUUAAAUUUGAAGAUUCAUCACUGUCUAUUGUUGAAUCAAACCAUGAUGAUCAUCAGUUGGCCAAAGCUGAUAACAAAAUGAAGGUUGACAAAUGGAAUGAGUAUGAAGAUAAGACCAUUGUCGAAAUGUUGAAAUCAACUCAGGGAUCUCAGAUGACUGAAGGGGAAGAAAGCUCAAGUUUAUUUAAUACACCUUCGUCAAAACGGUCACAAGAUGAACGAGAUGAUGUUCCCGAGCUUACUUCUACAUCAAAGAAGGUGUGUUUAAAAACUAUCAAGAUUGAAACGAUUUCAGAAGAGGAGAUUAAGAAUGACCGUUUCGAAGAGGAGAUUUAG